AUGGAGUUUUCGAAUGGUCCACUCCCAGCAGCAGCGCAGUUGUUCAGCAGACUAAACCAUCUUACGAUUUGUUGCCCACAGUCCAAGUCAGUUGGUUUUCUUGACAAAUUACUCGACCAAGAAGGCAACAACAUUAGUACUGCAGUUGGGAUUGGGACCCAGCAACAGCAGCUGCUUCCACAUUUAAAAGAGUUUAAGCUUGUUGGAAUGGAGAAGCUGAUGCAUCUAGGCCAGGAUGACGAGGAGGAUAACUCACAAUCAGCCCCUCGCAUCCCAAAUUUUCCAAACCUGGAAUUUCUAUUGGUGAAUGGUUGUCACAGCUUAAGGAAUCUGAGAUCAUCCGCAAUACCCUUCAACAAUCUAACAAGUUUGCGAGUAAGUGUUUGCAACAGAUUGAAAUACUUGAUAACUUACUCCAUGGCUGAAAGUUUAAUGCAACUCACAAAACUGGAAGUCGAAAAUUGCCCAAGACUGGUGGAAAUAGUGGGAAGCACUAAAAAUGACGAUUCAAGACAUGAGAUUACAUUCAGGCGGUUGAAACAUUUGAAACUAUUUCGUCUACCAAGACUGCAAGGCUUUUGCUCCGGAAAUUGCAUUGCUAAACUCCCGUCCUUGGAAACUUCAACCAUGAGCAACCGCCUCAAGUUGAAGAUUUUCACAACUCAUGACCAAACUCUACAGCUAACCAACGAAGAGGCAGACACAGAUGUCGAUCGUGCGGAGGCACGGCUGACUGCUGAGGAUAAAAGGAAUUCGGCAAGUACUGAUUCGAUAUCUUAACCACAUUUCACUAUUCUACUGCUCCACCAAACGGUCCGACAAAAGUGGAAGAUUGGUCACCAGAUUCAUGUGUCAUAAACUUAUCGCUUGUGCUAUGCACACCAAGUGUUUGGCAAAAUGCCUGUAUGAUUGUUUCUGUG